AUGCCACCCCACGGAGGGGUGUUUGUGGGUCUCUGGCUGCUGCUGGCCCCCAGUGUCGCCGAGAGCCCCCCCCGCUCAGGGUGGGCCACUCUUGCCUUCGUCUUUGAUGUCACUGGCUCCAUGUACGACGACCUGGUGCAGGUGAUGGACGGAGCCUCCCGCAUCCUGGACCGGACGCUCAGCAGGAGCACCAAGCCCAUCAGCAACUACGCUCUGGUCCCCUUCAGUGACCCAGAGGUGGGACCUGCCACCCUCACCACGGACCCCCAGCUCUUCCAGCAGCGCCUGCAGGAGCUCCAUGUCCAGGGCGGAGGGGACUGCCCGGAGAUGAGCGUGGGAGCCAUCAGGCUGGCCGUGGAGAUCUCACAUCCCGGCUCCUUCAUCUACGUCUUCUCCGAUGCCCGGGCCAAGGACUACGAGCAGCAGGAGGAGCUGCUGAGGCUGCUGCAGCACAAGCAGACCCAGGUGGUGUUCGUGCUGACGGGGGACUGCGGGGACAGGAGCCACCCCGGGUACCGCGUGUACGAGCGCAUCGCUGCCACCAGCUCUGGGCAGAUCUUCCACCUGGACAAGCAGCAGGUGACAGAGGUGUUGAAGUGGGUGGAAGAGGCCAUCCAGGCUUCCAAGGUCCACCUGCUGUCCACAGACCAUGAGGAUGGUGGGGAGCACACGUGGCCUGUCCCCUUUGACCCCAGCCUGAGGGAGGUCACCAUCUCCCUGAGCGGCCCUGCCCCUGGGAUCAAGGUCCGGGAUCCGGCAGGAAAGGUCCUGGAGAAAGGCCGAGGUCUGAAGGAACUUCUCAGCAUCCCCAACUCAGCCAUGGUGGUGGCUGUGGAGCCCUCUGAGCCAGGGACGUGGUUGGUCACGACCCGGAGCAGUGGCCGCCACUCCCUGAGGAUCACGGGCAUCAGCAACAUUAAUUUCCAAGCCAGCUUCUCCACCCAGCCGGAAUUUGAUGCCAGCCAGCCCGGAGAGCAGCCAGUGCAGGGUCUGCCCAUCUCCGUGGUGGUCAACUGCACCGGUCUGAGGCUGCCUGGGCGCUUGCAGGAGAUCGAGCUCUUCAACACCUCUGGCCAUGCCCUGCUCUCACUGCCCGUGUGGCCCCUCUCCAACUCCUCCUCGGGGCAGCUCUGGGUGGGUUCACCUCUCCGUGUCCCCCCAGGUGACUUCCUGCUGAAGGUGAAGGGCAAAGACGCCCAGGGCCACCCCCUGCACCGCCUCUCCGGGGUCACCUACACCAGUGUGGUCCCUGGUCUGCCCAAAGUGGACAUCUCCAGCAAGAUCCAGGCUUACAGCCGUGAGCCACAGCUGAUCUCCUGCUCUGCCCAGAGUGAGGUCCCUUUCCGCCUGCAGCUCAGCCGAGGCACGAUGCAGCUCAGGGAAGAGCAGCUCUUCAGGAGUUCAGGGAACAUCAGCUGGCUGAUCCCUGCAGUGUCCAAGAGCGACGAAGGGUUUUACGAGUGCACGGCCACGAGCAAGGUCGGGGUGACGCGGGCUCGUGUCUACGUCUCUGUGUCAGAGCCGCCACCGCGUCUCAUCGCCCCGGCCAACAUCACGGCUUCACCGGGCCAAGAUGUUGUCAUGUCCUGCCUGGUGCUGGGGGAUGCGCCCUACAACCUGACGUGGAGCUGGGAUGGGAAGUCGGCGCAGCCAGGGGAUGGCCGGACCCGGCUGCUGCAGAACCGCUCCCUGGAGAUCAGCCGCGUGCGGCCGGGGGACGGGGGCCUGUACGAGUGCGUGGCACGCAACGCCCACGGCGCUGCCACCGCCUCCCUCUGGCUCUUCAUCCAGGAGGCGCCGUGGGUGAAGGUGGGGCCCAGCCCCCAGCGCUUCAGGAGGGGCCAGGAGCUGCAUCUGAACUGCACGGCCGGGGGCCACCCCCCACCCCACACCACCUGGAAGCGCUGGGGCUGGGCACUGGAGCAGGACGAGAGGGUUUUUAGGGAUGCUGAGGGUACCCUGCACAUCAGGGCUGCUGUCCCAGAGGAUGCAGGCAAUUACAGCUGCUCUGCCAGCAGCGUGCUGGGCUGGGACGAGCAAGUCAUCACCCUGGAGUUCACUGAGCCUCCUGCCAUCCUGGCGGUGACACCCAGCCUGAAGGUGCUGGUGGGAGAGGACGUGACCCUGGAGUGCUGGGUUUCGGGGGCACCCCCGCCCCACGUAGUGUGGUACAAAGGCGAGCAGGCGAUGGCGACGUUCCCACCCGGCACCCAGCGUGCCGUCCUGAGGCUGCAGGAGGUGCGGGAGGAGGACGCGGGGCAGUUCGGCUGCGAGGCUCUCAGCGAGGCCGGCGUCGCCUUCGACAGCACCCUGCUGGACGUGGGGUCUGCCCCUCACUUUCCCGAGCCUCUGGGUGACGUGGAGGUCACAGCUGGAGAGAGUGUGACCCUGCUGUGCCACGUGGAGGGAUCUCCCCCACCACAGGUCACCUGGUCCCGGCAGGACGGGAAGCCCAUGGAGGGCUGGCAGGGACCACGGGGGGAUUCCAGCCAGCUGGAGGCUGCCCAGCUCCUCAUCAACAGUGCCUCGCUGGAUGACCAAGGCAUCUACAUCUGUGAGGCUCAGAAUGAAUUUGGGAAAAUCCAAGCGGAGGUCAAGCUCACAGUCACCGGACACGCCCCAGAAAUAGCUCUUGCAUCCCCCGUGAUCCACGCACUCCCAGGCCAGCCUGUGUCACUGCCCUGUGUGAUCCUGGCUGGGAGGCCGUUCCCAGCCCGCCGCUGGCUGAAGGAUGGACAAACGGUAGCCCCAAGUGACCACCACUCCAUCCGGGCUGACGGGAGCCUGCACAUGGAUCAGGCAUCCCAGGGGGAUGCAGGGAGGUACACCUGUGAGGUGACCAACGCCCUCGGCUCGCACAGGCAGGACGUGUCCCUCGUCAUCCACGUUCCUCCCAGCAUUGAGCUUGGCCCUGUCCUUGUCACUGCCACCGAGGGAGAGGCUGUCACCCUGCGGUGCAAUGCCACUGGUGUGCCCACCCCUACGAUCACCUGGGCCAAGGGCACAGAGCCCAUUUUUCUGAGUCCACAAUACCACCUUGACCCUGAUGGGACCCUCCUGAUCCCUUCACCCUCCCCUGGGGACGCUGGGACCUACUUUUGCACAGCUACCAACACCGCAGGUUUCUCCAGCCAGGAGAUGCAGCUCUCCAUCAGCACAAAGCCCAGGAUCAGUGUGAACGGAUCACAGGUGCCCGACCCUGUCACCGUCCUGGCUGUGCUGGGGCAGGAGACCACCCUGCCCUGCGAGGUUCAAGGGCACCCCCCUCCCUUGGUGCUGUGGAGCCGACAGUCCCAGCCGCUGCCUCUCGCCACCACGAGGUACAGUGUCCUCCCUUCGGGGUCCCUCCAUCUGGCCAAGCCCCAGGUGACAGACAGCGGGCUCUACACCUGCACAGCCACGAACACCGCGGGGAACACCUCGCUCAGCUACAGCCUGCACGUCCAAGCUCCACCCCAGCUGUGGAUCGGUGAUGGGGAAAGUCACCUGGCAGCUGUUGCCAACACCUCCCUGAGGAUUCACUGCCAUGCCAUGGGCACCCCUCCACCCCAGAUCCAGUGGCUGAAGGAUGGGCACCCUGUGGGCGAGCAGGACAGUGUGGUGGUGUCUGAGGAUGGUGGGACUCUGCUGAUCGCCCGUGUAGGGCUGGGUCAUGAAGGGCUCUACGUCUGCCAGGGCAGCAACUGGGCAGGGGUGGCCCAGGCAGAGGUGCAGGUUUUGGUGCAUGUGCCUCCAAACAUCGAACCCAGCCCGGUGGAUCUGGCUAUCCCGGAGAACGGCACAGCAUCCCUGGAGUGCCUGGCCUCAGGGCUGCCUGCUCCUCACAUCACCUGGUACAAGGGGCACGAGGAGUUCAUGGCCGGACCGGGACAGACCCUGUCCAGGGACGGGAAGCGCUUGGAGUUCUGGCAUGCCCAGCUCUCUGAUGCUGGCAGAUACCGCUGCGUGGCCUCCAACGUGGCCGGUGUGGCUGAGCUCUGGUACAGCCUGCAGGUCACUGUGCCUCCAUCCGUCUCCUUGGCAGAGCCUGGGCCUGUGUCCGUGCUGGAGGGGCAGUCUGUCAGGCUGGCCUGCGAGUGCCAUGGGAUCCCCUUCCCCACCCUGAGCUGGCAGAAGGAUGGUGAGCCCCUCUCCACCCAGCCUGGGAGCCCGAAGCUGGUGUCCAUGGGAGGGAGCGUGGUGUACAUGGAGAAGGUACAGCUGGUGGAUGAGGGGACUUACACCUGCGAGUGCAGGAAUGCCGCCGGCAGCAGCAGCAAGGAGCAUCGCCUGGAGGUGCACGCGCUGCCGAGGGUCCAGGGCAGCAGCAACACCCCAAGAAAGGUUUCUGUCAUCGAGGGUGGUGAGACGGUCCUGGAGUGCGAGGCCAUGGGGAUGCCACCACCCUCCGUGACGUGGGUGAAGGACGGGCAGCCCGUGGCUGGUGGGGACGGGCUCCUGCUCACGGAGCAAGGGAGGCGGCUGCACAUCCUCAGAGCAGAGGUGACCCACACAGGACACUACACUUGUCUGGUGGCCAGUGCAGAGGGGCAGGAGCAGAGGGAGUUUGAUGUUGUGGUGCACGUUCCUCCAGAGUUCAUUCAAGGAUCAGGAUUGGCAACCAAUGUCACCAUCUCCCUGCAAGAAUCCCUGACACUGACUUGUGAGGCCACUGGUGUUCCCCAGCCCACAGUCACCUGGUUCUGGGAUGGCUCUCCUGUCACCCCCAGCGAGCACAUGCAUGUGCUUUCAGGGGGCUGGCUGCUGAGGCUCACCCAUGCAGGAGCACAGGAUGGUGGCCACUAUUCCUGCCUGGCCAGUAACAUAGCUGGGGAGGCCAGGAGACAUUUCUACGUGGAGGUCCUGGUUCCUCCCCACAUCGAGAGUGCAGGUGAAGAAGAGACAAUCCAAAUGCCUGAGGGUCACCCUGUCACCUGGUCCUGCCUGGCCACAGGAAACCCACAACCUAAGAUCACCUGGCUGAAAGACAACCACCCUCUUCCCAGUGGAGACACCUUCUCCAUGUCCCCCGACGGCUCCGUGCUCCACAUCCCCCGGGCCUCCCUGGCUCACGCCGGCCGCUACUCCUGCGUGGCCUCCAAUCCUGUGGCAAACCAGACCAAGCACUACCUGCUGGAUGUUUUGGCCACUCCUACCUUAGCUCAAGAUGCCCACGAUGCUGCUGCAGAAGAAGUCACAGUGAUCAUCAACAACCCCAUCUCCCUGGUCUGCGAGGCUCUGCCAUACCCAUCUCCCAACAUCACCUGGCUCAAGGACGAGGUUCCUCUCAAAGCAUCAAGGAAUGUCCUCCUGCUCCCUGGUGGCCACGGGCUGCAGAUCCUGAACGCCCAGGAGGAGGACGCGGGCACGUACAGCUGCAUCGUGGCCAGCGAGGAUGGGGAGGCCGUGAAGAACUACGACGUGAAGGUCCUGGUUCCUCCUUGGAUUGCCAGAGAUGACCCUUUGGGGGAGUUUGCCGUGAAAGAGGUGAAAACCAAGGUCAACAGCACGGUGAUGCUGGAGUGUGAGACCUGGGCUGUGCCUGAGCCAACCAUCCGGUGGUACAAGGACAAGCAGCUCCUGGAAAGCACUGGACACCUCCAGAUCCUCAGUGAGGGGCAGGUCCUUCAGAUCAAACCAGCCAGUGCCUCAGAUUCGGGGCACUACACCUGUGUGGCCACCAACGCUGUGGGUGAAGACGACAGGGACUUCAUUGUGCAUGUCCAAGUGCCCCCGCUCUUCCAGCAGCAAACAAGCCCCCAAGAAGCUCUCGAGAUCUUCUACCGGGAGGAAGACCAGGAUGGGGAGGUGACAGAGCACCGGCAGGCUGUCCUUGACCAGCCCACCGCGCUCUACUGCGACACCAGUGCCACCCCAACCCCCCAGCUCACCUGGUACAAGGACGGGGAGCCCCUCUCCCCCGGCCCAGGGGUGCUGAUGCUGUUAGGGGGCCGGGUGCUGCAGCUGCCGGCGGUGCGGGAGGAGGACGCGGGCAGAUACACCUGCGAGGCGGCCAACGCCGCGGGACGGGACCGCCUGCACUACGAGCUGGAGGUGCUGACUGCCCCGGCCAUCCGGGGUGGCACAGAGGACCUGCCUGAGGAGGUGAUGGCCACCGUCAACAGCACCGUCCACUUCAAGUGUGAAGCCACCGGGCACCCGGAGCCCGCAGUGUCCUGGCUCUGGGAUGAUGUCCCCAUUGUGACUGGCCCACGGCACCGGAUCCUGGAGGGUGGCACAGUCCUUCAGGUGGUUGCAGUGGAGGCGGGUGACACUGGCAGAUACACGUGUGUGGCUGAGAACCCGGCUGGGUCCGCUGAGAAGCACUUUGCCCUCACUGUGCAGGAAACUCCCUGGAUCGUGGACACAAACCCUGAAAGCAUCGAUGGCAUCGUCAAUGGCAGCGUCUCACUGGUGUGCGAUGUCCGACCCCACCCGGCUGCUGAGAUCGCCUGGUACAAGGACGGCCACAUCCUGCAGCUCAGUGAGGGGGUUACCAUCACUCCAGACUCACGGGUGCUGCAGCUCCAUCACCUGCAGCUUUCCAGCUCAGGCACGUACACGUGUGUGGCACUGAACGUGGCCGGCCAGGAUGAGAAGCGUUUCAUCCUCAACGUCCAUGAGCCCCCAGGCAUCCAGGACCUGCAGCAGGAGACACUCGAAGCUGACAUAGGGACCCCCCUUGUCCUGACCUGCCAAGUCCCCGGGGUGGCCGUGCCCACUGUCACCUGGCUGAAGGAUGGGAGCCCUCUGGAGAGCAGCCCAGAGCAGGGCCUGGUGUCUGGGGGGGCCCAGCUCCAGCUCAGCCCCCUCCAGCCCUUCCACCAGGGCCGAUACACCUGCCUGGCACGGGGUCCAGGGGCCGAGACACGCAAGGACUUCGUGGUGCUGGUGCGAGUGGCCCCCCAGAUCACCAGUGCAGGGGUCCCCAGUGAGCACAGUGUGCUGGAGGGCGGCAGGGUGAGGCUGGAGUGCCGGGCUCAGGGGCAGCCCACCCCCCAGAUCUCCUGGCUGAAGGAUGGGCAACCCCUGGAGCUGCAGCCCCCCUCACGUGCUCGGAUGUCCCCGGAUGGCAGCUCCCUGCUCCUGGAGGGUCUCCAAACCGCCGACUCCGGGGCGUACACGUGCCUGGCCCGGAACAGCGCGGGCGAGGACACGCGGCUGCACACCCUGAGCGUGCUGGUCCCUCCCACCAUCGAGAGAGGUGCCGGUGACCCGGAGGUGGUGCGAGGAGUCCUGUCCGCGGUGCUCACGCUGGAGUGCUGGGCACGGGGGUCCCCUCCGCUGCACGUGAGCUGGCUGAAGGACGGGCUGCCCCUCCGCCUGUCCCCUCGCGUCACCCUGCUCUCGGCCGGGCACGUCCUCCGGAUCUUCCAGGCACAGGUCUCCGAUGCUGGGCUCUACACGUGCGUCGUCUCCAGCCGGGCAGGGGUGGCCGAUCGCAGCUUCCUCCUGGAGAUACAGGUGCCCCCUGUCCUGAAGAACCCUGAGGGCAGAGAGGAGCAGAUGGUGGCUGAGGGCUCUGAUGUCACUUUCACCUGCGAAGCCACUGGGUCCCCAACACCAGCAGUGACCUGGCUGAAGGAUGGAGAGCCCCUGGGGCAGCACAGAGAUGCUGGUGGCCCACGGCUGAACCUGGCAGCCGUGGGGCCAUCUGACACAGGGGUGUACUCCUGCCUGGUGGUGAAUGAGGUGGGAGAGGCCAGCAAAGCCUUCCACCUCCUGGUGAUGGAGCCACCCCGUGUCGAGGCUGCAUCCCACCCCACUGAGAUGUCCAUCGCCGUGGGCACCCCACUGGAGCUGACAUGUGUGGUGACGGGUGUCCCCAUGCCCACUGUCACCUGGGAGAAGGAUGGACAGCUGCUGGCAGGGCCCUGGCUCGUUUCAGGGAAUGAGAGCACCCUCCGUGUGGAGAGCUCUGAGGUGGCUGACUCUGGCUUGUACACCUGCCUGGCCACCAGCCCUGCUGGGGAGGACAGCAGGAGCUUCCACCUCAGCAUCCAAGCACCACCCAGCAUCGAGAGCGUUGGGGAGAUCCCUGUCAUGACGGCUGUGGCAGGGGGGCAGCUCAUCCUGGAGUGCCCAGAGGAUGCUGAGCCGCCCCCCCACAUGGAGUGGCACCGGGAGGGCUCCCCAGUGCAGGAGGAUUCCCACAGGCGGGUCCUGGCCGAGGGACGCUUCCUGCAGAUCCAGGCUGUGCGGGCAGUGGAUGGGGGGGAGUACAGCUGCAGGGCCACCAACGCCCUGGGGGAUACCAGCCUGCGCCUCCGAGUGCAGGUCCAUGUGGCCCCAGAGAUCCAGCCAGGUCCAGAGGAGGUGAGAGCACUGCUGAACAGCUCAGCUGUGCUGCUGUGCCAGGCAGAGGGGUGGCCCGUGCCCCGGGUGACAUGGUGGAAGGACGGCCAGCUCCUGCCCUUUCCUGAGAGUGACAGGCUGCAGCUCCUGCCAGGAGGUUCCCUGCAAAUCAACCCCGUCCAGGUCCAAGAUUCAGGCUAUUACCUCUGCAUGGCAUCCAGCCCUGCCGGCUCUGACCGCCGAGGCCUGAACCUCCAUGUCCUGGUCCCUCCUGCCAUCGCCCCCGGGCCCUCCAACCUCACCCUGCUGGCUCAGCAACCGACCACGCUGGGCUGUGACACCUGGGGGUCCCCCGAGCCCCACAUCAGGUGGGAGAAGGACGGUCGCCCCCUGAACCCACACCUUCCACCUGGCACCUACAGUUUGCAGUCCUCAGGAUCUCUGCUCAUCACCAGCCCUGGUCCCCGGGAUGGGGGGAGGUUCGAGUGCAUCGCCACCAACGCUGCCGGAGAGGCACGCAAGGUCUUCCUCGUGUCUGUCCACGUGCCCCCCACCAUCGCUGAUGACCUCACGGAUGUGGUUGUCACCCGGCUGUCCCCUGUGGUCCUCACCUGCUAUGCCUUUGGUGUGCCCCCGCCCACGGUGUCGUGGAGCAAGGACGGGGCUCAGCUGGGCAGCAGAGGAGGGGGCUACCGCGUCCUACCCAGAGGAGCCCUGGAGAUCAGGCAGGCGCUGCCUGCACACACCGGCCGCUACACCUGCACGGCCCGCAGCGCUGCCGGCACGGCCCGAAAGCACCUCUGGCUGACGGUGCACGAGCCCCCUACUUUGAAGCCCCUGCCCGGCAUGGUGAUGGUGAUGGUCAACACCAGCAUGGUGCUGUCCUGUGAGGCCACGGGCGUCCCCCGGCCGGAGGUCACCUGGCAGAAGGAUGGUGUUGGCAUCGCUGGAGGACCUGGCCUGAAGGUGCUCCCCAAUGGGCGGCUGCGUCUCCUCCGAGCAGCCCCAGAGGAUGCGGGCACCUACCUGUGCGUGGCUCGCAACCCCUCGGGCACCGCUGCGGGGAGGACCAGGCUGAUUGUGCAAGUGCCCCCCGUCAUCGCGGCCGGCCCGCCGGAGCUGGUUGUCCUGGAGGGGCUGGAGGUGCUGCUGCCCUGUGCUGCCCGUGGUGUCCCCGAGCCUCGCGUGUCCUGGAGCCGGGAGGGAGCCCUGGUGAGGGGUGGUGGGGGGAAGGCCACUGUGCUGCCCUCCGGGGAGCUGCUGCUCCGGGAUGUCCAGGAAGGGGAUGCUGGGAGCUACUCCUGCGUUGCAGUGAACUCGGCCGGGAGGGCAGUCCGACAGCUCUCCCUCUUCAUCCACACCCUGCCCACCUUCACCCUCCUGCCCACAGACAUCACCCUGAACUGGGGCGAGAGGCUGGACCUGGCGUGUGCCGCCGUGGGCAGCCCCCAGCCCCGCCUCUCCUGGACGGCCAACGGGCAGCUCAUCACUGAUGGUGUGUCGGGGCAGAGUGGCAGGAGCAUCCUGCAACGGGAGGCAGCCACCCGUGCUGACAGCGGGACCUACGUGUGCCACGCCGAGAACAGCGCCGGUGCCGUCAGGGCCACCGCCUUUGUCUCCGUCAGAGAGGCACCCAUCAUACAGGGGGAUCCCAGCACGUACCAGGUGGAGCACCCAGGAGGUGAUGCCCUCCUGGACUGCGAUGCUCAGGGUCACCCUGAGCCCCUCAUCCGCUGGAGCAAGGACGGGGUGCCGGUGGUGGCCGGUGGGCGCCUGCGCCAGCUGCAGAACGGCUCCCUGGCCAUCCACGCUGUGGGGAGCACUGAUGCAGGGCACUACCGGUGUGUGGCGGAGAAUGGUGCGGGCACAGCAGCAAAGGUUGUCACCCUGGUCCUGCAGAGCGCCCCCGUGGUGGCAGUGACACCAGGAGCGGUGACAGCCCACGCUGGGCAGGGGGUGCUGCUGCACUGCGUCGUGUCAGGGGAGCCCACCCCCUCCGUGGAGUGGCAGCGGGAUGGGGAGCCGCUUCCUGAGGGUCCCCAUGCCCGUGUGCUGCCCAAUGCCACCCUGUUCCUGCCCGCUGUGGCCCACCAUGAUGCUGGCAGAUACUCCUGCCUCGCUCGCAAUGCCCUGGGUUCUGCCAUCGCCCACGGCUCCCUGCAUGUCCAAGGGGAGCUGCACCAAGUACGGGGCCGCCUGGUUGGUGUGAUCAACGCCCACAAGCUUGGUGUCUCCCCCAUCGAUGCCAGCAUGCUGGAUGACCCACAGUCUGGCACCACCACCAUCCAGAGCAGCAUCGGGAGCAUCCCACCCACUGUAGGACCACUGAUGCGGGUGCUGGUCACCAUCAUCGCCCCCAUUUACUGGUCCUUGGCACACGCUGGCGGGGCAACCCGAAGUGGGUUCCUGCUCACCCAGGGCACCUUCCAGCACGAGUCACAACUGGAGUUUGCCACAGGGGAGCUGCUGCGGGUCACCCACCUCGCCCGGGGCGUGGAUGCCACUGGUGCUCUGCGGCUGGACAGUGUGAUCAGCGGCUCCGUGCCGGAGAGCCUCGGCGAGGCCGCGGUGCUGCUGCAGGACUUCAGCGAGCGUUACGUGCAGACGGGCACAGGGCAGCUCUCUGGGGGCUCAGUGCAGAGCUUCCUGCGGGAUGGGCACAUCCUCCGUGCCCGCUGCAAUCACACCAUCGUGUACGACCCCGCUGUGGGCCCACAGCCCCCCCGGGUGCAGCACCUGCGGGCCAGAGCCAUCACAGCCUCCUAUGACCCGGCCACAGAGCAGCUGCGCUUCCAGGUCCGUGCCUCGCUCGAUGCAGGGGCUGAUGGAGACCAGUGCCCACUGGGAUUCAUCCUGGACCCUGGGCAGCUCUACUGCAUUGAUGUCGAUGAAUGCUCAGAGGGGUCCCACGCCUGCCGCUACAACCAGCUCUGCCAGAACACUGCAGGGAGCUACCGCUGUGCCUGCCCUGCUGGCUACCGCACCCUGGGCCUUGGCUGGCCCUGCCUGGACAUCAAUGAGUGCCUGCAGUUUCCCCCACCGUGUGUCUUCGAGUGUCGCAACCUGCGGGGCUCCUAUGAGUGCCUGUGCCCCCCUGGCAGGACCCUGCUGCCGGGAGGACAGUGUGGCACAGCAGGGACAGAUGGAGGGGACACAGCGGGCAGCACGUCCCGGGACACCCCUCGGCGCUGGCUGGGGCCGAGCAGUCGCCCACGGGGACGGUCCUUCUACACCCAGCUCGCCCUGCGCCGCGUGGCCAAGGAUGCAGGGGUGGGUGCCCGGGGCCCCCCCUGCCCUACGGGCUAUGUCAAGAGGAAUGGCACCUGUGCUGACCUCGACGAGUGCCAGUCGAACCAGUGCCAGCACGAGUGCAGGAACAGCCUGGGCAGCUACCACUGCCUGUGCCCCUCUGGCUAUCGGCUGAUGUCCAAUGGGAAGACCUGCCAUGACACGGAUGAGUGUGCAGAGGGCACAAUCCAGUGUAGCUCGAGCCAGAUGUGCUUCAACACCCGUGGAGGUGCCCAGUGUGUGGAUGUGCCAUGCCCAGCCGGGUACAGGAGAGGCUCCAGCCCAGGGCUGUGCGUGGGUCGCUGUGCCCCGUUCUGCGGCCCGGCCGGGGCCCCCACGCUGCGGUACGAGCUGCUCACCCUGCCCCUCGGCAUCGCUGCCCGCCGGGACGUGGUGCACCUCACCCCAGGCUCCGCCCUGCGUCACCGCCCCGUGUUCACGCUGCUGGAGCAGGAGCCCGGCAGCCCCUUCGCCCUCCGCACCGAGCAGGGCCGUGGCAUCCUCUCCACCCUGCGCCCGCUGCGGGACCCUGGCACCCACCGCCUCAAGGUGCAGGCGCUGGCCCCGGGCGGGCAGAGGGCACCCAGCAUCUUCCUCCUCCUCAUCUCCGUCUCUCCCUACCCCUACUGACACAGCCGAGG